GACGACGCCGGCGGUCGCAGGUGUUCGAUUCGAAUUCGACCGUUCGACGAAAAAAAUGUUCGAUGAGAAUCACGAUAGCUAUUCCGACGUCCCUGGCUCACGUUAGAUAAGAGAGAGAGAGAGAGAGAGAGAGAGAGAGAGAGAGAGAGAGAGAGAGAGAGAGAGAGCUACGAGUAAACCGCGCCUGGUUUUUGUCGGUAUUUCGUUCGAAGUAAUAGGAGUCGAGGAAAAUAACCUGACGUAUUAUCGACAGUAUGGUCAAAUUAACGUGUAGAUAAAGCGAGUGAUUAAGAUGAUGACGGAAAUGUACGAAAACAACUUGGAGAUAGUGUAUUUUAUUUUUUAAAUUACGAUUCGAAGGUUAGAUGAUGACUGGCAGCUGAUAUUGUGUUAAUGAGUAUUAUAUAUCUUGUGUUCGACAAGUAUUGAAUAUUGAAUAGUGAAUGUGACAGAAACUUUUGGAACAUUAAAGAGUUGAGCACAGAUUGUACAUUUUCAUAUGCCUAAACGUGAAAUUUAAAAUACGAUGUCGUGGCUAAAAGAAUGCACUUUGAAUUGGUUUCAAUCCCUAGCUUUAAAGAUUAUUAAGACCGGCGAAGUGCCUAAACACGUGGCGUUUAUCAUGGAUGGUAAUAGACGUUACGCGAAUAAACAGAACUUGCAGAAAGGAGAGGGUCACUCAAAAGGGUUCGACAAAAUGACUGAGAUGUUAAACUGGUGCAUGGAUCUCGGUGUUGUAGAAGUCACAGUUUAUGCAUUUAGUAUAGAAAACUUUAAACGUAGCAAAGAAGAAGUUGAUGGUCUCAUGGACCUUGCCAGGCAGAAGUUCAAGCGUCUCUUAGAAGAGAAGGAAAAAUUGAUGGACGUUGGAGUAUGUGUUCGUGUGAUUGGCAAUUUGUCCCUGAUUCCAGAAGAUCUAUGUAAAUUAGUUGCUGAAGCUAUGACUAUUACUAGGGAAAAUAAUAAAGCAUUUUUAAAUCUUGCUUUUGCUUAUACGUCAAGAGAUGAAAUUACUCAUGCAAUUAAGGAUAUAAUACAAGGUGUAAAGGAUGCUGAUAUUUUACCUGAAGAUAUUAAUGAAGAUCUGAUUACUGAUUGUUUGUACACUUACAAGUCUCCAAAUCCAGAUUUAUUAAUUCGUACUUCCGGAGAAACUCGACUUAGCGAUUUCCUCAUGUGGCAAAUUUCCAAUACUUGUAUCUACUUUACCGAAGUAUUGUGGCCUGAAUUCAAUAUAUGGAAUUUUCUUAGUGCAAUUUUUUAUUAUCAGAGAUGUUAUCCUAACUUGCAGAAAAAUAGAAAAAAUUUAAAACCAAUCAUGCAUAAUAGUAGAGUAUCUAUGUAUCUUGAUAAGUUGCAUAACAAACGUGACAUGGCAAUCGAAACAGUAUAUCUAUCAGCAGUUCAAUCCUAGAAAUAAACGUUAUUCUAUUAGAUAAAGUGUUGAAUGAAAUAUGCUGAAAAUAUAUGUUGCAUAUAUUUUCUUAAAAUCAACUUUCCAUUAUAAUGUAGUUUAUCAUAUUUGUCCCGGGUAAUUUUUUUCUAUUUUGAAUUUGUCAAAUUAUUAUAGCAAUUAAAUUGUACUAUGUCUUGUUGCAUCAGCAAAAUUAAAAAUAUCUACAUUUACAAAUAUAUGUAUAUGUCAGUUUGUAAUCAUAUGUAUAAGAACUAGUCAAGCGAUUAAACAAAGACAAUUAUAUGUGAAAACUAAUGUCAAAAUUUAUACAAAUAUUUGUUUUGAUACGUCUAUAGUAUCAUAAACUCAGGGAUAGAUAGCUACAGAUACUUCCAAUUACAUAAGAUGUUUUAGAAAACAAGAAAUAAUGAAGGCUUUGGGAUAUAU